AUGCAAACUCUCGUGACUCAUCUGUCACUUACGAAAAUCAAAGAAUUUUACAAAGCCCUCUCCACCCAAACUUGUUUUCCAUUUCUUACUAAUACUUUCAUUAUUUGUGACGAAACUCGACAAACCAUUUAUUUCAGCGCUGCGAUUCAAGAAAUCCAGAGAUGUGCUAAUAUAGUCCCUUUGAAUGUUAUCCAUCGAACUACAAAAGACACAAGCAUUGGCAAUAUCCCCAUUCCUAACAACACUUAUGUUAUUGGGCACAUCAACCAUGUCAUGGCUCGCUCACCAGUUUUUGAAAAUCCUAAGGAGUUCAGACCAGAAAGAUUUCUCAUGGAAGAUGGAGUCACUCCUAAUAAAAUAGAACCUGCAAAAGGAUAUGAGAUUGAUCUCGAGCCCAUUUUUGCUGCAGUUUUGCUACCAAAGUCACAACCUCUACGACUUACUCCGUUGUCAUCUCACCACUAG